UGUAGUUUACUUUUUUGUAUUUUUGUUUAUUUUGUUAUUUCUGUCUUACUUUGUUAAUUAAAGAAAAUUAUAGUUCUACACGGAAUAUAUAUAUACUAGGUGUUAAAUAUGGAUAUGGUGAUAACACAUAAGCAAAUUAUUUCACAGAAUAUGUUUAGGGAUAUACUAAGAGAUAUAUAAAUGGCUGAUAACUUAUUGUGAUUGUUCAUGAUUCUGAUCAUCACUACUACACAAUUACUAAAAAUCUUUCGUCUUUUUUUCAAACGAAAAAAGAAAAACCGGAACAAACAAAAUUUCUAUCAAUUGGCAAAUCUCGUCGAAGAAGAAGAGGCAGAGGUAGAAGACAAUUUAUGUAUAAAUGGUUAGAAAAUGAAGAAUCGCUUGGAAGAUGAAGAAGAGAUAUAGCCAGAGAAAGACGCAGAGGUAGAGGAAGAUGUAUGUAUAAUCAGUAACACUUAUCCAGAAGAAAGAUGUUCUUGAUUAUGUUUACAAACUUGAAUUUAGUUGCGAAGAGUAAUAAAACGAUUAAGUUUCAAGUGGUUUUCUGAAUAAAUCAGAUAUUUUUAAUUCAGUGAGACUUUUUUUAACUACUACAUGUUGUUCUUAAACUAGUUCCAUAUCAAUGUUUUUGGACCUUGAGUGAUGUAGUGGGUUCUUUGAAAUGUUUUGUGGUCGCAAUAGACCAUAAACGAUCCAAGAUUAUUUCCAUGGUCAGCAGACAUUUGUAAUAUUAUUAUAAAUUUAAAGGAAUAUAAUGUUGUAAUUGAAGUAAUUAACUGUUAAAAUAAUUCUUAAUAAUCAAGUAUACAUAUAUUAUUGACUUUUGAAAAAGAAAUUUAAGUAUGGUUUACAAAAUAAAAAUCCAAAUAGCUUUAAAAAAAAUUUAUAGAUAUGUUCCGUUUUGUUAUUUUGAAAAAAUAAAAUAAAACAAAAAACUAAUGAAAAAUUAAAAUAUAAAUAUUGAUAAUGAAAAUUACAUAAUAAUUGUAACACAUCUAUUUUAUUAAAGUAAUUUACUAUCAUGUGAAUUAACGUGAAUUUUAUACGUAUGAACUAACUUUUUAAAUAAUAUUAUAAGACUUUAUAAAAUAAGAAUAUAUAUUGACAAGAAAAAACAAGAGUAUAAAAUAGGACUUAUUUGUGAAAAAAAAAUGAAAGUUAAUUUCAUAGAAAUAAAAAAAAAAGAGGAGGAAAAAUGUAAUUUUAGUUAGUGAGUGAAUUAUAGUUUUUGUUGGUUAUCUCAUCUAAUUUCCUUAAAAAAUAUUUUCCGUACGUACAAGACAACGUCAGGAAAUACUUUACCAUUAUAUAGUAGAUGACAGUUGUUAAAGGAUUUGAGGUUAACGUGGCCAGUUUUCUUUGACAAUAAUUAACGGGCCAAGAGUUAUUAUUAAAAUGUCCCACGGUAACGUUGCCAACGAUUUUAUCGUAAGAAAACAAAUGUCAAUUAACAUCUUUUUUUUUUUUGACGAAAAAUGUCAAUUAACAUCUUAGUAAAUGAUUGUGUACUCACUAACUUUGUAAUUACUUAUUAACCUCGCUCAGUAACUAAAGCCUAUCUCCAUUAAAACAUUUAUCUUUUUCUAUUCAAAUAAAAAUUAUUGCGGUUUUUGACAGUCUUUUAGAAUGGUGAAAUAGUGAAUCACUGUCGAAUGUCAACAGAGCAGCUAUUAAUCGCCACCAGUCAUCAAAUCUACAGAAAUGAGAAAAUAAAGUACGCAGACACGUUUUGGGAGAACAUGGAAACGAAUUACCGAAACAAUGAAUUUCGAAUCUUAACUGUUAGGGUAAGCUCUCCACUCAUAGUAGCACGGAGUAGGUCAUCAUUUAGAAUUUUUUUUAGUUAUAGUUGUUUUCUCUGCAGAUGAAUUUAUGAGCAGUCAACUUGAAGAGUGAUUUCCCGUCAAUCUAGAAAUGACCAAAAGGUAAUCUAGGUAUCACUGGAAAGAUCUCAGAGUCAGCUUUUCGUAUCAUCUUUAUGAUCGACAAACGUAUGUUAGAAAGUGAUGGCCGUUUUAGUUAGGAAACCAUAAUUUUAUUUUGGGAAAGUUCUUAUUUAAAAACUUUCCAUAUCAGAAGUUUAUGUUUUAAGAUAACUUAUGAAUUGUUUCAUUUAACGAAAUUUCCAUUUAAGAAAACUUUAUAUUUAAUGAAAGUUUUCAUUUUGUAAACUUGAUUUUAGGAAACUCGAAAUCCAAACCUUCAAUUCUUGUGUUGCAGUUGACCAUUAUUUUAAAGUGUGAGAGUGUCGGGACAUAAAACCAGCAAUUCAAGAGACGGUAGAUCGGAUGGAAUUCUCUACACGAAACCGACUCUUGAGAAUAAGAAGGACAAACCUCGAUUGUGGGUAAUUUCAAAGGCGUUUUUUAACUUUUUAUUGAUAUGAUGAAAUAAAAAUUAUGAUAUGCAUGCGAACAAUAGAGAAAUGAACCAGUACUCGGCGGAGUGGCAAAAAAAGAUCUAAGACUAGUAAAACCCUAAUUCCAGUCGUCAGUCUCUAGUCCUUGUAUCCAAGUCUGAAUAAUCUUGCUGGUCUCUCUUAUCCUCCUUUUAUGUAUAAACCUCUUCAUCAUUUUACCCUAAUUAAGUCGGUUUAACCUAAUGAGCCAGCUUAAUGGAACGAGCAUCUGGGCCGAGUCUUCGAGUUGUAUCUCUAGCCGCCGAGCAGUCGUUGGCUGAGUUCGCAGCACUGAGUUGAGCCUAUUUCAUGAGCCGAGUUCUAUAUUCAACAGGCAUUGUGGAUGCAAUCCAUCUCUAACAUGAAAGACGACAUUACAUGAAUGUUAUUAAAGUGUUUGAGGUUAACGUGGCCAAGAGAUAUUGUAAUGUUCGGCGCCAACUUGCCUACCAUUUUAUUUUAUAAAACAAAUGUGAAUUAAAAAAAAACUGUCAUGACUAAUCUACAAAUUUAGAUUCCCCUCUCUAUAAAAGACGAAAGGGUUCUUAAGAGUUUUAUUCGUCAAACAACUAGAAAACAAAAAAAAAAAAACAAUGCCGACUCAAAAAAGCUCAUCGAUCCCUUUAAUGGUCAAGAAAAAACUCACCGAAAUGGUGAAACCCCCGAAACUCAUACCUUCACAUACUCUUUCCCUUUCAACACUUGACAAUGCUCCUUACAACGAAGUUAUGUACAAGAUGUGUUACGUUUUCAAACCCAGGAACGUCGGUUAUGAUGAUAACCAGCCGGAUUAUUUGGUUAGGGAGGCUUUGUCUGUUCUUCUUGGCUACUACUACCCACUUUCAGGGACUUUGAAGCGGAGGGACACUGAUCGGAAGCUUCAGCUGAGUUGUGGCAGCGACGGGGGCGGUGUGGCGUUCACGGUGGCUACUGCUAACGUAGAGCUUUCUUCUUUGAAGUAUCUAGAGAACAUUGACUCAGAUAUGGCCUUGAAGUUUUUGCCAGAGGUUCAAGUGGAUAAGGAUGGUUAUCCACCUUUUGCGUUGCAGGUGACCAACUUUAAAUGUGGAGGAUUCAUCUUGGGGGUUGCUCUGCCGCAUUCAAUGUGCGAUGGAUUUGGAGAGGGACAUAUCAUGUGCGCCUUGACAGAGUUGGCCGGCGGAAAGAAUAUGCCGACGGUGACACCGGUUUGGGAAAGAGAGAGACUCGUGGGAAGGCCUAAAGACAACGAUCAAGUUCCCUUUGUUCCCGAAGGCGAUACGGCUACUUCACCCUACCUACCGACUGAUGAUUGGGUAAGUGAGAAAAUAAGUAUCAGAGCUGAGAGUAUAAGAAGACUGAAAGAAGCUACACUGAAAGAGUAUGACUUCUCUAAUGAGGCACUCACUACUUUCGAAGUUAUAGGAGCUUAUUUGUGGAAGUCAAGAGUUAAAGCUCUGAGUUUGGAUCGCGAUGGAGUCACAUCUUUGGGUUUAGCUGUAGGAAUCCGAAACGCAGUGAAUCCACCUUUGCCCGACGGAUACUAUGGUAAUGCAUACAUAGACAUGUAUGUAUCAUUAACCGUUAAAGAAGUAGAAGAGUUUACCAUCUCUGACAUCGUGAAGCUCUUAAAACAAGCAAAAAGAAAGGCUCACGAUAAAGAUUAUCUCCAAGAAGAGCUUGCCAACACUGAAAGUAUCAUCAGUAUGAAUUUAACGAUCAAAGGUAGAUUUUGUUUGACGGACUGGAGGAACAUUGGGAUUUUUGGAUCGAUGGAUUUCGGGUGGGGUGAGCCGGUGAAUAUUGUCCCGGUGGUCCCACCAGAGAUAGCCAGAAUUCUUGGUAUCGUCAUGCCAGCGUCGAGGUUAGAACCUUCGAUGGUAGGAGGGGUUCAAGUCAUGAUUACGUUGCCAAGAGCUGCAAUGGUUAAGUUUAAAGAAGAGAUGAAUUCUGUAAACUGAAACUUCUUUCUUUGAUAUGGGAAUCUCAAUAAAUUAAUAUAAAUAAGUAAUAAUCUUUACACAAAAAGUGAUUACCUUUUACAAAAAGUGAUAAUGCAUUCAAAUUAUUUCUUGGUGAGAACAUCUUUUUGGUUCCGCCUUCAGAAAUCUAUAAACGCUCAUCAAAACAAAAUAAAUACAACCAUGGCAACUUCUUCCAUUUGCAGUUUUCAUUGAGGCCUCUCCAGGGUAUUCUUAUCAACCUGAGAGAAACACAAGAAUUGUUUCGGUGUCAACCAUUGUUUUGUAUUUCAUGAUGAGGUUAAUUUCCUUUAUACUUUACUUGGAUCUCUUUUUAUGCUACUACCUAUUCUAUUGAUUCUUUCCUAACUCUAAUUAUGAAAAUAAGUCGGUGUCCACUGAAUUGACUGCUGGUGAUAAGCUGUUCUCAGUGAGUUUUGAAUCUUUGAAUUGGUCGAGCAAUAGAUGGUGUAAACUUGAUCAAGAACUGCAGAAGGCGUGCGGUUGAUUAAGUAUGCGACAAUCAUGAUCGCCUCACCCCAAUUUUUGAUAGGUAAGUUGCUUUGAAAUAACAAGGCUCGAGCAACAUUGAGGAUAAGAUGAUUUUUGUUUUUUCAACUCUUCCCGUUAUGUUGAAGAGUACAUGAAGUCUGAUAGAUGAUACCAUUCUCGCGAAAGAAGCUUGCUAAGCACAUAAACUCAGCUCUGUUGUCGCUUCGAACAAUCUUGACCUCUUUAGAGAAUUGUUCUGCAGCCAAUUUUCAGAAAUUGGAUAGGACUGUGCGAACCUCAGAUUUCUCGAGAAGUAAAUAAGUCCUGACUGCUCCGGAAAAAUCAUCAACCACAGUACGAAAGUAGACAACUCCUGGAGAUGUACGAGUCUGACCCUCUUGCUUGCACGAUGCGAGUUGUUCUUUGAGAUGAUGGAUACAAACUUUGUUUCCCACUGAGAAACGUUACUUUAAAUUCUCCCACAACUUGUGAGAAUCUGAUAUAAGCGUAACUGUUGAACGAACAUGAGCUUCUAUAGAAGAACAAAUCCACCCAACAAUCAUUGAAUUGACAGAAGACCGGAGCUCGAAGUGAGGAUCAUCGAUGGCAGGUUUCGGUAUUGAACCAUCAAUAAACCCUUCAUUUAGCUUUAAGGGCGUUGACCAGCUCCGAAGACCAUUCAUUAUAAUUCUCACCCGUAAACAUCACCGAUGUUAUCAAAGCUCUUGGAUUAUUGGACACAAGAAAGGAGUACGGGGCGGAUGCAUUAGCGGCGUUUUUCUCAACCUGAAACUUUCUUGUCGGUGUAUCCUUACUUGCGGAAGAGAUAUCAGUCUCGACCAUAACUGCAAAUUUUUUGUUCUUACCAAGAACAAAGAUCUGAUCUAGAAGAAAAAAUCGGGUCACAAAACUUUUAUUGCUCUGAUCCAUGUAAACUGGAGAUGAUAUUGUAAACUCUAAACUUAUAUUGAUAUCAACGACGGACUUGAGUAUAUAUAUACAAAAUUAUAAACCGACUUAAAACAUAAACCUAGGAGUAAAUAGGAAAUAUAAUAUAAGCUAAUGACGGUUUAGAAAGGUAAUCCUUAUCUAGGAUUCCCUUUCCUAAUAGAUGGAUAUUAGAAGAAUUCCACUUUAAAAUUUUGUGUAGAAGAUUAUAAUUAAGGGAUGAAUUCUUUAGUGAUGAGUCCUUUAUGUCGAGAUUACUUUGUCUUUGAUACUUUGAAGGUUGAUUUGAUUGUUUGAAGGAGAAUAGAUCUGUUUCAAACUGGUGGUGAUGGAAUUGUGGUAGAUGGUCUUUAGUGAGGAUCUGUGAACUGAUCAACACUUGUGUAGAUGUGUCCUUGAUCGUGGGAGGUGUUCCCACAAACAGUGAUCAAGGAUGAGUAUGCUUGCAGAGAAUGAACUCUUAGAUGUCGAUGUUCAAAGAUGAACAAAUGAUACACAAAUUUUAGAAAGUUUUUAACAAAAAAAGGUGAAUGUUUUUUAAUAAGACUCAAAUGAGUUUAUAUAGAAAUACAGACAUUAAACACACUUAGACUUUGUAGAAAACUAGACAAAGACUUAGAUAAAAACUAGGAAAGACUUUGAUAAGAACUAGGACAUAAGACUUGACUUUUGACCAGAAUAAGUAAUACUUUGAAUUUCUCUUUGCGCUGAAAAGGCCAAUUUGGCCCAGCAUCUAAACAAGCUCCUUCUUCAGUGUCACUUAGCUAAUUCAGCUCAUCCAUUUCCAGGUAAGUGUCACUUAUCUCAUUCGGCUUAUCCUUAGUAACCUUAGCUGGUUUCAUCUCAACUUCAGUCUCCUUAGCUGGUUUCAGCUCAGUAUGCUCGCUUUUCAUCCAUCAUGGUUUGUCCUUUGUUGGAUAAUCAGCUGGCUCAGCCAUGGUUACAUCAUUUAGUCUCCCUCAACUAUACAUACACACUAAAUCCUCCUAGACUAGUAAGCACUUCACAAAACCUCCCUAACUUACAUUUUUCAUCAAUUAACUACUCAUACUUGUCAAAUUCAAAUCAAUUCCACAAAUUCAUUAAAAUCUUAUUAUAUGGUGUGUUUACUUGAGUAUUUGCGUUUUCCAUGGUUCAACCAGAUUACACAAGGCGAAAUGUCUUGAAUCUCACAGCAAUUUUGACUUAAAUUCGAAACAUGGAAGACCAUAUCUCCUUUGUAUCUAACAAGAACAACGCUGCCGAAUCAAAGAUUAUUAGUAAUGGCGAACUCUCUCCACCCUUCACUAAGUCUCCGACCAGUCAUUUUCACUCUCCAUGUUUUAUCUGAAGCGUAGGAUUUCAGGUCCGCAUGCCACGCUUAUUCCUUACUCAAUUUACUUGGAGAAGAGGUCUUCUGAAAUCAUUUACAAACAAACAACGAAAGGAUGGAUAUAUUGUGAAUAAGCUGUUCGAGAGAGAGUAAGAGAGAUGGUUACGAGGCGAGUGUGAAAGCCGGGAACUAGUGUUUGUAAGAAUUCUGAGCGAAAAAGCCUUGAUUUUGCCAUGUUCGCCAUUGUUGAAGUUUCUCUUCUCCUACUCUCUCAAAAGAUUAAACUGUUGAGGCUUAAGAAAAUAUAGAGAAAUUAUAUAAAAUGGAUUUUGGUCCUAUGUUCGUUCAGCGAAUGUUAUUCGAUUCGCUGACUUAAUUAGUAAAUUAAUUUUUAUUACUUGAAUGUAUUUUAACAAAAAAAACAAUUAUAGCUGUUUAUUAAAUGUCAAGAUAUAAAUUAUUUUUUUUAAACCAAGUAAAACAAUAUUAUUAAGAAUUAUUUUAAUUUUUUCAUACUGAAAAAAUAAAAUAUAAAAUAUUAUAAUAUUAAAAGUAUUUUAAAACUAAACAAACACCAUUAUUUGAAAUUACAAUAUGAAAAUACUGUUAUUUUCUCUUAAUUGGCUGUUAAGCAAAAUAGAUUAUUGACAAAGUAUAACAAAUUACGUUAAGUGCUUUAAAACUUAUAUAGUUGUCUUUGGAUUACACAUGAUAAUGCAUGAUAUGCAACCAAGGCUUUUUCUAAGAAAAAAAAAACAAUAUAGACAACCAAUUUAAGUCAUAUUAAAUAUUUCUAGCCCGUUUCUUUCUUAUUUUGAAUGUCCUAUCUUACUUCAUUUUUAUCACUGGAUAGCACCCAUUAUUACAUCAUCAUAUAUAAUCUCUAACUUUAUUACAAUAUGAUGAUCAACUAUCUGCAAUAUAUAUAAUACUGAUGAACAGCUCCACGGAUAAUGAUUCUAUAAUGAAGUUCUUUCCAAAACAUUUAGAAGGACGGUUUUGCAUGUACGACAUCCUCGAUGGAAAGACUUCCUCCCUCCGCAGCAGACGACCACAACGAACGGCUCUACUUAAAGUACUAUGAAACCCCUAAAAGCAUGCAUCUUAUAAUAGUCAAGAAAUUGCAUAGUAUGGGAUUUGAACCCUAAAUCUAGAUGUAGAAACUUUUAAACUUUAACCAUUAGACUAAGAUUCUUCCACGAUCCAUACUUCAUUUUAUUCUCAAUCUAGAAUAAUCUUCUUUACUGAAUAGGAUUUCAUCUCUGCCUUCAACUUCUACAUCCUUCUUGUCUUUUUAUUAUUAGUUUUGCUAGAACCAUUUGGUAACUUAAACACAACCGGUUAGUAUGAGAACCAUAUUUUCAACAUGAAAAUUUGUACCUUCUUGCAUAACAUUUUUCUAAACCACCUAAAGGUAAAAAAACAUUGUACUAAGUAAUUUGUACAGAUAGAAUUUAGCAAGUAAAUCUCAAAUGAACAUAUAUUUUUAGAUAUCUGAAAGAGAGGCUCGAAUGUCAUCUUAACAUUUAUUUUAAAAUAAACUGGGUUAAUCAUUUUAGAAUAGUAUCUCUUUCAUUUGUAACUAUAAUAUAAUUUCACUACAAAGGAGAGUAGUUUCUCCACUAAACACAUAGUUGUAACUUGUAAUAGUCAAUUGCUAUAUUUGAUGGAACAUAGUGUAACUCAUAUAUUUGACCAUUGACUUCUUAUAGCAAUAAGGGAAUGAUUUGUGAGAGAUUGACUGACUGAUCUACUUGAUAUCCUUAGCUUUUCAGUUGUUCCAUUUGUUCAAAGCCAAAUACCAAAUCAUAUUUCUCUUCUAUGGUUCUUAACUUUUAUAACCUUCACUAUGAAGGUAGAUUCAUAAUUUUUUGAAAGAUAUAGCUCCAGACCGAAAAAUAUACGUCUGAUGGUAUCAAACGCAUCUUGGACAUUGUCAGGAUAGGUCUUGAGGUCAGUCUCAUUGUCGAGGCAGUAACGCAGGAGUAUUCCGGUGUAGAAAGAAAGUAAACCAUAUAUAAACAGUAGUGUCCCAACCAUCCUCCUUCUUUGGCAGCUUCAAACAAAUUAAAGUAUUCCAACUCCACAUAUAACGUUCUAUCCUGCACAUGCCCCCAUGUGUUUUAGACAGAUUGACUAAAGAGCAAAAGAUAAACAAUCAUGUUCUUUAUCCUAGACGUGUUUGGUCUAAACAGUUUCGUUUAUUUGCUUCCGUGUGAUAUAUUACAAUAGAGCUGAAUGCUAUUUUGUACUUUUCUCUUAUUUUACUAGGAUAAAGGUUACAGUCUUAAAGACAAAUACACAUAUAUCAGAAUAUGAAAGAAUCUAAGCUAAAAAGCAUAUUCUAAUACACAUCCUAGAUUCUUGUAUUCACGAUCAAACAACAGAGAAAAUGUUGAUAACCUUUCAUAAUGAUUUGCUCUCACAUAUUACUACUAUCAUCAAGCCAAGCAUCUUUUAGAUUUUUUUACGUUAAACACAAUAAUCAAUACUAUUAAAUUAAGAACAUGACCUAUUGAUAUAUAGUUUAGUCCAUCUAUUUUAUCUUUUUUUUUAAGGAGUCACUGGACCUAUUUUAAAAUAAAUCAAAUUUCAUAACCGUAACUAAAGAAAAACUACUUCUAAGCUGUAUGCAUAUUUUGUAACGUCACCCUUUAAUUCCAAAAUAUUAGGAAUCCACUACUUUCAAUAUAUAAAAAACUGUCGACUACUUUUGCCUUUAGUUACAAAACGUGCGAAGUCCACUAAAUAGAAAUUAUGUCGUUUGAAAACAAUAAUAUUGAUACUAUACUUUCAAUAAUAUUAUUUUCACUACAAAUUAAUGGAAAUGAACAAUAUAUGGUCAGUAAUUUAAUUAACUUUUUAAACAUAAUUUUACUUUGAACCGGACUACUUUUCGGUCAAUGAGUUAUUGGAUUGACCGUGGAGAACUAUGGUUAGUAGUUUAAUUAAUUUUAAUAUAAUUAUAAAUAUAUUGAUAUUAAAAUAAAAUAAAAAUCCAUGUUUAAAAAUAUAAUAAAGUUUUUUUUCAUUUCACGUAAAAUAUAAUUUAAACAAUUUUUAUAACAAGUUGGAGUUACAGCAUAUAACAAAAAAUACAAUAAUAUUAAAAUUAAUAAUUAUCUAAAUAUCGAAUUUAAACAUUGAAAAUUUUAAAGUAAAAAUUUAAAUAAAAUUAUAUGACAUAUCGAUUACUCAUUGGUUUAAUAUUUAGCCUUUCGUUUUAGCGUUUUUGCGGGUUUUAUCAAGUUUUUAAUUAAUUCAUAUUUCUUAAAGCCUAAAUCAUUGGGUUUACCAGUUCGACCGCGAGUCCAAAUUGGAUUUAAAACCGCUAAUUUAAAUACAAAAUAUUUUAAAUAGAUAAAAUCCUUACAAAUUAACAAAAAAUAUACAGUAACCACUACGUUAAGAUAAUCCUACGUUAUAUAACAGUAUAUAUAUUAAAUUUCUUUAACAUAUAAGAAAAAAUUACAGAAAAUGUUACAUAUUUACAGUAACAUAAAAAACCAAAAAAUUACAAACCAAUACUAUACAUGCGGAUCAAGAUCUAAAACAGACAAAUAUAAUUUUAAAAAAACGGGUAUACGGACAUAUGAUUACAAAAAACUGAGCGAUGCCGGAUCAACUUUUAAAUUUCUGUUACUUUAUAAAAUUUAUUUUAAUUAAGAUUUAUACACAAAUAUGAUUACAAAAAAAAACACAAAUAUAAUUA